CUGUGGUUCCGAGCCGGGCGCGCGCGGGCCGGGUCCUCACUGUCUGCUGCGCACCGAGCGAGCCGGUGUCCCUCGGACUCUCAGACAUGGACGACAAAGCCUCCUCGGCUCCCCUCCGGAAGUUACUGGAGAACCUCUCCGGGGCUGGCAAAGCCAUCGGCGUGCUGACCAGCGGAGGAGAUGCCCAAGGUAUGAAUGCAGCUGUCCGCGCUGUGGUGCGCAUGGGGAUAUACGUGGGGGCCAAGGUGUACUUUAUAUACGAGGGUUACCAAGGCAUGGUAGAUGGAGGGACUAAUAUUGUGGAAGCCGACUGGGAGAGUGUAUCGAGCAUCCUGCAAGUGGGCGGAACCAUUAUUGGCAGUGCCCGUUGCAAAGCCUUUCGUACUCGGGAAGGUCGCUUAAAGGCUGCUUGCAACCUGGUGCAGCUGGGCAUUACGAACUUGUGCGUGAUUGGUGGGGAUGGAAGUCUCACAGGGGCCAACAUCUUCCGCUCAGAGUGGAACGGACUGCUGGAGGAGCUGGCGCAGAAUGGUAAGAUCGACAAAGAGGCUGUGCAUAAGUACGCUUACCUCAAUGUGGUUGGCAUGGUGGGCUCCAUCGACAAUGACUUCUGUGGCACGGACAUGACUAUCGGCACGGACUCCGCCUUGCACAGAAUCAUUGAAGUCGUUGACGCCAUCAUGACCACUGCCCAGAGCCACCAGAGGACCUUCGUUCUCGAGGUGAUGGGGAGACACUGUGGGUAUCUAGCCCUGGUGAGUGCCUUAGCCUGUGGUGCCGACUGGGUGUUCCUUCCAGAAUCUCCACCAGAAGAAGGUUGGGAGGACAGUAUGUGCGUCAAACUCUCAGAGAACCGUGCCCGAAAAAAAAGGCUGAAUAUUAUCAUUGUGGCUGAGGGAGCAAUCGAUACCCAAAACAAACCUAUUACCUCUGAGAAAAUCAAGGAGCUUGUAGUCACCCAGCUGGGCUAUGACACUCGGGUGACCAUUCUCGGACAUGUGCAGAGAGGAGGGACUCCCUCAGCGUUUGACAGGAUUUUGGCCAGUCGCAUGGGAGUGGAAGCAGUCAUCGCGCUGCUGGAAGCCACCCCUGAGACCCCCGCUUGCGUCGUGUCGCUGAGUGGAAACCAUGCCGUGCGCCUGCCCCUGAUGGAGUGUGUGCAGAUGACCCAGGAUGUACAAAAGGCGAUGGAUGAACGAAGAUUUAAAGAUGCUGUCCAACUCCGAGGGAGGAGCUUUGAGGGCAACCUGAACACCUAUAAGCGGCUUGCCAUCAAGUUGCCUGAUGACCAGAUCCCAAAGAGCAAUUGCAAUGUGGCUGUCAUCAAUGUGGGAGCACCUGCAGCUGGGAUGAAUGCUGCCGUGCGCUCGGCUGUGCGAGUGGGCAUCGCCGAUGGUCACAAAAUGCUCGCAAUCUAUGAUGGCUUUGAUGGCUUUGCCAAAGGACAGAUCAAAGAAAUCGGCUGGGGAGAUGUUGGAGGUUGGACCGGCCAAGGAGGGUCUAUUCUUGGGACAAAACGUACUCUGCCUGGAAAGAACUUGGAGGAGAUCGCUGCACAGAUGCGGGCCCAUAAUAUCAAUGCCCUGUUGAUUAUUGGUGGGUUUGAGGCCUACCUGGGACUCCUUGAGCUGUCAGCUGCCCGGGAGAGACACGAGGAGUUCUGUGUCCCUAUGGUUAUGGUUCCUGCCACUGUCUCCAACAAUGUACCUGGUUCCGAUUUCAGCAUCGGGGCAGACACAGCUCUGAACACCAUCACGGAUACGUGUGACCGCAUCAAGCAGUCGGCCAGUGGGCAUUGAGACCAUGGGAGGUUACUGCGGCUACCUGGCCAACAUGGGGGGGCUUGCAGCCGGAGCUGAUGCCGCCUACAUUUUUGAAGAGCCAUUUGAUAUCAGAGAUCUGCAGUCUAAUGUGGAGCACCUGACAGAGAAAAUGAAGACCUCCAUUCAAAGAGGCCUUGUGCUCAGAAAUGAGAGCUGCAGUGAGAACUACACCACCGACUUCAUCUACCAGCUCUAUUCAGAAGAAGGCAAAGGCGUGUUUGACUGUAGGAAGAACGUGCUGGGCCACAUGCAGCAGGGUGGGGCACCAUCUCCGUUUGACAGAAACUUUGGAACCAAAAUCUCUGCCAGAGCUAUGGAGUGGAUCACCACAAAACUGAGAGAAGCCCAGGGCAAAGGAAGAAAAUUUGUUAAUGAUGACUCCAUUUGUGUGCUGGGAAUAAGCAAAAGAACCCUCCUUUUCCAACCUGUAGCAGAGCUGAAGAAGGAAACGGAUUUUGAGCACAGAAUUCCCAAAGAACAGUGGUGGCUGAAACUGCGGCCCCUCAUGAAGAUCCUGGCCAAGUACAAGGCUAGCUACGACGUGUCUGACUCGGGCCAGCUGGAGCAUGUGCAUCCCAGCAGCGACCACGGAGAGCCUGCGGCCAUCUGAGCUCCUCGUGCCUGCCGGCCACAGCAGACCACACGCGGGCCCAGGGAGGCCUGGAACUUACUGUGGACCGUCCUGUUCAUAACAUUUAAGUUAUUUAUCAGCACUUUACGCAAGUAUUGUUGACCAAGUAUUGCUGACGUUAAUACCUAAUCAGUGAGCACUGUCACUGAUGUCAUUCCUAUCCCCCAUCAGACCCUACAGACCUGUCUCAUCUCGGUGAGAGAUGCCCACUGUGCCUUGUAUUCAUCUCGUGCUUUGACAUGUGCGUAUCUAGGAGAAUUAAACAUUGUUUAAGUCGCCA